AUGGAGACUGAAAAAGAAUUUAGUGUAGUAGACUUGGUCGACUCAGAUCCAAGGUUCAAGAGCCUUAAAGAUGAACUUUCUCGCUUCAAAAAGGGCUCCGAUGAGUAUUUUUUAGAACUUAUCAACUCCAUGCCUUUAUCCAGUUGGCCUAAAUAUACUGCCUUUCUAAAACAACAGGCCGUCCCUUUAGAAACUUCUAAUAAACCAGGUUACAGUCCCGUCUACAGAUCCUCCCUAUCCAAAAAUGAUCUAGUCACUUGUAUGGAUUCAAUCAAAUUGAAAACUUUCUAUGAUCACUUCCAAUUCGCAGUAAGAAGCUGGCCUCAGAAUGACUGUUUAGGUGUCAGACCUUACGACGAAAGCAGUGGCCAAUGGUUGGAUCAUUAUGAAUUCGAAGACUACGCUACUGUCAAUGAAAGAUCAAGAAAUAUAGGUAGCGGUAUUAUGACUUUGGUCAACACCAAACGUUUGAGAUCUUUAACCAGCAAUGAUUUCAUUGUCUCAAUCCUAUCCUUCAAUAGACCAGAAUGGGUCCUUACUGACUUGGCUUGUCAACAAUACUCAUUGACCAAUACUGCUUUAUACGAAACUUUGGGUCCUGAAACUUCAGAAUAUAUCAUGAAUUUAACCGAAUCUCCAGUCUUACUCUUUGCUAAAUCAAAUAUGUAUAGAGUAAUGGAAAUUAUUCCAAAACUAAAAUUUGUCAAUACUUUGGUGGUUCUAGAAGAUAUAGAUAAUGAAGAGUUAAAAAUUAUAAAUGAUUCAAUUUUUGCCCAUUCAAAAAACUCAUUAGGUGAAAAAGUUUCAUUGUUCUCUUUGAGACAAGUGGAAGAAAUUGGUAAAUUAAACCAAAUCCCUGUUAUCCCACCUACUCCAGAUUCUUUGUAUACUAUUUCAUUCACUUCGGGUACUACCGGUAUGCCAAAGGGUGUCGAAAUGACACACAGAAAUGUCGCUUCUGGUAUUGCUUUCGCUUUCUCAACUUUUAGAAUCCCAAAACAUAAAAGAGGUAAGCAAUUGCAUGAUAUGUGCUUCUUACCUUUGGCACAUAUCUUCGAAAGAAUGUUGCUAGCAUAUAACAUAUCCUCAGGUUUUGGUUUAGGUUUCUUGCACAAACCAGAUCCUGCGGUUCUAGUUGAGGAUUUGAAAAUUUUGAAACCUGAUGUAGUUUCAUUGGUUCCUCGUGUUUUAACUAAAUUCGAAGCUGGUAUCAAAAACGCUUUAGAAAAGUCUGGUUUCCAAAAGAAUGUUGCCUCCAAUAUUAUUGAAAUGAAACAAACUAGAAUUACCUCUAAGGGUGGUCCUGACAGAUCAUUAAUGAACUAUUUGAUCUACCAUCGUGUGCUAAUCGACAAGAUAAGAGAAUCACUAGGUUUAGAAAACGCUUCAUAUAUGGUCACUGGUUCAGCUCCAAUUUCUUAUGACACUUUGGUCUUUUUGAAGUCAUCAUUAGAUAUUGGUAUGAGACAAGGUUUCGGUAUGACAGAAUCCUUUGCUGGUGUUUGUUUGUCAGAACCUCAUGAAAAAGAUGCAGGAUCUUGUGGUGCCAUUGGUAUCAGUUCAGAAUGUAGAUUGAAAUCGGUCCCAAGCAUGGGUUACGAUGCAGAGAAGGAUCUAAAAGGUGAAUUACAAUUACGUGGUCCUCAAAUUUUCAAGAGGUACUUUAAGAGAGAAGAUGUCACCACAGAAUCUUUCGAUGAAGAAGGUUGGUUUUCAACUGGUGAUGUUGGUAGAAUCGAUGAAAAAGGUCGUCUUUACGUCAUUGACCGUGUCAAGAAUUUCUUCAAGUUAGCUCAAGGUGAAUACAUCGCACCAGAAAAGAUCGAAAACAGUUACUUGUCUUCCUGUCCUUUAAUUACUCAAAUUUUUGUAUUUGGUGACUCCCUACAAACCUACUUGGUAGGUGUUGUAGGUAUUGACCCAGAUAUGGUUCAACAAGCAUUAAUCAAAGAAAACCCAUCAGUCAAAAACAUGAGUGCUUCUCAAUUAGUUGAAGCACUAAAUUCUGACUCAAAAUUAAGAAAACAAUUAUUAUCAAUAAUGAACACUUUUAUCAAAGGUUUGCAAGGUUUCGAAAAAGUACACAACAUUUACGUUGGUUUGGAACCAUUAAGAGUUGAAGACGAUGUUGUCACCCCAACUUUCAAGAUUAAACGUCCAAAGGCAACAAAAUUCUUCAAAGAUCAAUUGGAUGCUCUAUACGCAGAAGGUUCAAUCAUCAAAAAUGGUAACUUAUAA